CUCCUACCCUCCUGUUCACCUCGCCUCACCUCACCUCUCCUCUCCUCUCCUCUCCUCUCCUCUCCUCGUCCGUCGCGUCCGUUUCACGCAACUCGUCCACAUCAACCUCAUCUUCAUCCACCUCGUCACAUCUACAGCUCUUCUCUCUCCCCACAACCGAAUAUGUCCACCCGCGCAGCGGGAACCAGCACGGCGGCGGCAGCAGCAGCAGCAUCCGGGGCCGGGGGCCGGAAGCCCAACCAGGGCGGAGACCGGGGCGGGGGCAAAGGCCCCAAGGCGGGGCCGCACCAGGACCGCAAAUUCCAGUUCUGUACGCGUUGCGGUGCCUUCGGGCACGUCCGUGCGACGUGCACCCGUUUCGUCCCUCCGGGGACACCUCGUUUCGUCCGCCCCGCCCCCCAACCCAACAACGCCCGGGCCCGGCGAAGCCAGCGGCGGGACGCGGCGGCAUUGGCUCGGGCGCUCGAGGCCGGGGAGCCCGAGCAGAUGAACUGGGAGCGGGAGGUGCCCCGUCGUGGGAAGGAUGCGGCGGCGGAAGAGGAGGCGAAGGAGGAGGAGGAUGUGGUGGUGAAGAAGGAGGAGGAGAAGGAGGAGUAGAUAUCGCCCUUUGAGCGAUUUUACUGUAUCAAGAGGCUUCCCCUAACAGUCAAUAACCAUACAAAAUGCGCCAUCUGGUCUCUUCUUUCUAAAGACCUUGCAGGGUACUACCUCAGAGGUCGAGCAAUAAAGUUUGAGUAUUGUGAUAUAUAAAUCUCACUGACUGAAUGGCAAGCACGCCGGCAG